AAGAAGAUCGUUCAAUUGUUGGUUGGAAUGUUGAAGAUAUAGAUAAGGUUCAACUUAAAUUUCAUAAAACUGUUGAAAUUUAUAGAUAUAUCAAAAGUUUAUGUGUUUCUGAUGAUAAGAAACUUGUUGGUAUUUAUGAUCAUGAUAAUUUAGUAAUCGAUAUGAAUAAUGAAGAUAAUAAAAUUGCAUUAAAUUUAGAAAUAGAUGCUUCAAAUUAUUAUUGUACCUUUAAUUCAAAAGGUGAAUUUAUUUUAUAUAGUUUAGUCUACAUUAAUCGUAAUAUUGGGGAACAUAAAAUUAUUUGGAUUUAUUCCACACAAACUAAAAAUGACAAAUGGGAAUGUAAGAGAUUUUACAAGAUACCCGAAGAUUAUGAAUUAAUUAGUAUAUCAAAAUAUGAUAAAGUUUACCUGUUUUCAAAUGAUUACAUUUAUAAAUGGAAUAUUAAUACUGAGAAAAGUGUAAAAAUAUUCGAUAAUAAUAAGUAUAAGAAUAAGUUUGAAACAAAAAAUAUUAGAUUAUUCAGUAAUGAAAAGUUUAUUUUCCUAAAAAUCAAUGAUAAAAUCAUCGUUUAUUCAAUCGAAUUGAGAAUUCCUAUUGCUACUUUGGAUAUAAAUGAUGGUAACCAUUUUUAA